AUGGCACAUUUCAACAUCAGCACCACAUGGAACGAAAGUUAUGAAGAAAAAAACAACAGCAAAAGCAACAGCUACAAAUAUGACAACGACUUUAUCAGCAAUUUCCUAUUCUGCGAAGCUAAUGCCUGCUAUUUUGGCAAAAGGGCAUUCAUCGUAUAUGUUUUUGCAUUAGUCAUCAUCUGCAUCAGCCUUCCUUUGAUCCUACUGGCCAUCUACUCACUGUCUUCUCUGGUCAGAAAGGAUCACGGUGCUCCACUCUACAUCAUCAACCUCCUCAUUUCUGAUCUGGUUCAGCUCCUCUGCAUGAUUGGUCGAGUGGCUAUCAUGAACUCAAACACAGACAUGUUGUUCACUUUUAUUCGCAUAUAUAAUUAUGGUCUGUUGUCCAGUGUUGGCUUCAUGGUGUGUAUCUCCCUAGAAAGGUAUUUGCUCAUCGUCUGGCCGCUGUGGUACAGAUUCAGAAGAACCAUCAAGACCUCUGUGGUGGUCUGUGUCCUAGUCUGGAUCCUUCCUCUUGUUUAUGUUCUCCCAUACUAUUUCAGGAUUGAUAAUCUGAUCGCGAAAAUCAUCUUUGUUCUCUACCUCCUCCUCCCCCUCCCUCUGUUCAUCUUCUUCCUGGGUGGGACUCUUAAAGCCCUGUCUGCAUCCAUCAGUGUCUCCUCUGAUGAAAAAAGGAGAAUUGUUGCAGUUUUGGUCGUAGUGCUGCUUAUUUACAUACUGCUGUUCCUGCCCUAUGUCUUUUGGUUAGUGCCACUGCCAAUAACGGGCUUUGAACUUUGGACUGCGUCCAACAUUCUUGUUCAGUUGAGUCCUCUUGCAGACUUGAUUUUGUACUUUUUCAUGAGGAAAGGAACCACAGACAAGAUUUUGGCCUCACUGUGUUGUUGCAGAAUGCAGCUUCAGGAAAUCAACUCUAUUGAUGAUUCUAAUUUCUCUUUUCUGAAGCAGAUAAAUGGGAUUAGUGAUCAGUAG